AUGUCGAUUCCCAGCCACAACGAACUUCUACAUUUCCUCUCCCUCCCCGCUGAGAUCCGGUUCAUGAUCUACCGGGAGGUCUCGCCAGUUAUUGUCCAGUCUGACUCCAAAGAUGUCCAAGAUGUCGACUGGUACAACGAUAUGGAUUUCGACUCCGACGAUGAAGAGGAGUCCACCCUCAUCGACAAGCAGUUUGAGCAUAUCAACCAGCACUUUGAGGCGGUGGUCAGUCUUCAGAACCUCUUCAACACUUGCGCCCAGAUCCGCGACGAACUCAUCUCGGAGCUUGCGCUCACCCAGCUCCACCUGCGCAAUGACUACCCGCCUUUUCACGCAUACUUUGGGGGCCGCGUUUCCCACUACACUUUCUUCAAAAAGCUUUGGUCAUCUGCGCUGUUCACCAAACAUGUCCGGCACGUCAGCCUGCACUGGGGCAACUGUUUCCGCGCGCAAGGCCGUCAGUUUCAUCACGCGCUCGAUUGUAAUAAGAUCCUCGACUGGCUGGGCGCGUGCGAACAGCUGAAGACGCUGGAGCUCGUGAUUCCUGACCUGCAGUACAGCGCGACCGAGGAUCUUACCAAGAAAUGGGUUAGAGGUAUGGGCAUGGUGCCGCGCACCGAGGACGAGCGAUGGCAGGAGAUGUGGCACGACCCCGAUCUUUUCUGUGAGGCGUGCCGGAGGAGGCUCCCAGACGUCCUGGGCAAAUUGGAGAAGGUAGUCGGUCGGCCUUGGCUUCCCGACGACGGCCCGGAUAUUGCAGUUCGGCGGUACAGCAUUGUCGCUCGAGGGGAUGGAGAAUGGGCGACGAAGAAGUGGUUCCAGAGGGUGGGGGAUACGGCCGGGUUGGAGGAGGAGGAGGAGGAGGGGGACCUAGAAGGGGAUAAGACGACUGAUGUCGUUGUCAAGAAACACGCAUCGAAGUACAAGUUCAAGCACAACUUUGGUGCUGCCGACGUUGUCUGGCCUCUCUUGGACAGCGUUUGA